CAAGGCGUCGGUUUGAUAACCGGAGCGACGUACAAGAACGAAAGAUGGCCGGAGCGGUGGAACUGGACAAGGCGGUGGCCGCAGAAGGAGAGGUAAAGACUUGCUGCGCUCAGGAAGUGAAGGGGCCGGGCUAUGCCUCACCGCUUGAUGCCAUGAAAGGGCCUCGCGAGGCCUUGAUCUACGUUACCUGUGUCUAUAAUGGAAUUCAUGAAAAGGGCAAGCCUGAUUACUUAGCAACAGUGGAUGUUGAUCCUAACUCACCAACCUAUUUGCAAAUCAUCCAUAGACUUCCGGCCCCAUAUGUUGGUGAUGAGCUGCAUCACUCGGGCUGGAAUGCUUGCAGCUCCUGCCAUGGUGAUCCAUCAACUGACCGGCGUUAUUUAAUCUUGCCUUCAUUGCUAUCUGGUCGCAUUUAUGUUAUUGAUACUGCAACAGAUCCAAAGGCUCCCGCAGUACAUAGGGUAGUUGAGCCUGAGGAUAUUGUGCGGGAAACUGGACUGGCAUAUCCUCACACCUCUCAUUGCCUUGCAUCUGGUGACAUUUUGGUGUCUUGCCUUGGUGACAAAGAUGGCAAUGCAGCUGGGAGUGGCUUUCUCCUAUUGGAUUCUGAUUUCAAUAUCAAAGGAAGGUGGGAGAAACCAGGUCAUAGCCCAUUAUUCGGAUAUGAUUACUGGUAUCAACCUCGACACAAUACAAUGAUCAGUACAUCAUGGGGAGCCCCUUCAGCCUUUAGUAAAGGAUUUAACCUUGACCAUGUUGCCAAUGGACUUUACGGGAGGCAUCUCCAUGUUUACAACUGGUCUGAUGGUGAACUGAAGCAGACUUUGGACCUUGGUGAUACUGGGCUCCUACCAUUAGAAAUUAGGUUCUUACACGACCCGUCCAAAGACACCGGCUUUGUCGGGUGUGCUCUGACCAGUAACAUGGUCAGGUUCUUCAAGACUACAGAUGGAUCAUGGAGUCAUGAGGUGGUAAUAUCGGUGGAACCACUUAAGGUGAAGAACUGGAUUCUUCCGGAGAUGCCUGGGCUCAUAACAGAUUUCCUGAUUUCAUUAGAUGACAGAUAUCUGUACUUUGUCAACUGGUUGCAUGGGGAUAUCAGGCAAUAUAACAUUGAAGAUCCUAGAAAGCCUGUGCUCACCGGGCAGUUGUGGGUAGGAGGAUUGAUUCAGAAAGGAAGUGAUAUAGUUUACAUUGCAGAGGAUGGAGCCCAAGCGCAAUUCGAGGUGCCUGAGCUUAAGGGAAACCGGCUCCGAGGAGGCCCCCAAAUGAUCCAGCUGAGCCUCGAUGGAAAGAGACUGUAUGCGACGAACUCCCUCUUCAGUGUGUGGGACAAGCAAUUCUACCCUGAGAUUGUGCAAAAAGGCGCCCACAUGAUUCAAAUCGACGUCGACACCGAGAAGGGAGGGCUGAAGCUGAAUCCGAACUUCUUCGUCGACUUUGGACUUGAACCGGACGGCCCCUCGCUCGCCCAUGAGAUGAGAUACCCAGGAGGGGACUGCACUUCUGAUAUCUGGAUAUAGCUACAGUGCUUUUCUGCAGAGAGAAUAAUGGAAGCUUAUGUUGUAGAAUAAUUCAAGCUGGAGAAGGAGACUGUUGUGAACUCGUAUGUUGAUUUAAUAAGGCUCUUACUUUUUUGCUGUAUGGUUUUAAACGAGUAAUCUGUCAGUUUUCUGCAA